AUGCCUGCGCUUUCUGGAUGCUCUAUUUCUGUAUGCGGAAAGUUCCCCGGUUAUACCCAAGCAAAACUCAAAGUUCUGAUUACCAAGAAUGGAGCGAAAUUCGAGAAUGGUAUUUCAAGUACUUGCACACAUCUUGUCAUACCGGAUAUCGUUAUAAAUGCGAAUGAUAAAGUUAAUGCUGCAUUGGCAAAGAAAAUCCCAAUUGUGAGGUUAGAAUGGCUGACGGACUCCGUAAAGGAGGGUAAAAAUCUUGUUGAAGAACAAUAUCUACAAUAUGAUGAUGGGGGAGUAAGCAACGGUGAACCUGUUCGACCAGACCCCAAGAAAAGAAAGGGGGACGAAUCUGAGGAACAAAUAGCAAAUACCAUCAAAAAGCCAAGGACUAGAGGUCAAAAGACAGAUGCAAAAGCUAAAUCACCUGUUGAUCAAGAUGUCGUUAUGGACGAGCCAGCAGAGAGGGCAGGAAUUGAGGAGGAGCCGGGGCGAAGAGAUGGACUAAAAACCGAGGCAGCUCCUGAACCGGUGAAGGUUGAGCUAAACAAGAGAGGAAGAGCUACAGAUCAAGUCAUAGAGCCUAGCCCUACUGUUCAGAAUCUGGAAGUCAAAGAAACUGAGCCGGUGGAACCGGCUAAAAAAGGCGGAAGGCGUACCAGAAACGCGGCGCAACUAGGACCUGAGAUCGAAGACACUGAAAUGAAAGAUGCGGGUUUAAUACCGAACCGAAAAAUGGAGACUAAGAAAAGAGGGGGGUCUAAAAAGGAAAGCAUCGAAGCCGAGUCCGAGUCCGAGUCCGAGCCCGAAACAGCUAUCGAUACAAAAAAAAGCCCGACAAAAGAAACAGAUUCAGAAAAUGCACAGUUUUCUGUGAAACCAGGAGAAUCUCGCAUGACUUUAGCGAAAGCCAAGAAUAUACCCGUGGCUCCCUGGUGUGAAGAAAAAUACUGGUGCAGCGUAUAUACCGACAUUUACGGAACGCCUUACGAUGCCUCUCUUAGUCAAACAAAUAUCGGGAAUGGAAAAAAUAAUAACAAAUACUAUAAUCUCCAGCUUCUUAAAUCUAGAGAUAACUUAGACUACGCAACCUGGACUCAAUGGGGUAGAGUUGGCGAAGAGGGACAGCAGUCACUCUAUUGUCCCAAAACUCUUGAGGAGGCCAUUAAAAAAUUUGAAACAAGAUUCAAAGAGAAAACAGGCCUCAAAUGGCAGGAUCGAUAUGACGCACCAAAAAUAGGAAAGUAUACACUUAUUGAAAGGAAUUAUAUGGAUUCAGAGGAUGAGGAGGAUAGAACAGAUGGGAAGGGCAAAAAGGAGGAUGACAACAGUGGGAAGAAACUGGUUUUGCAUUCAACACUUUCACCAGGGCUACAGUCAUUGAUGAACCUCAUUUUCAACUCACAACACAUGGCUUCCUCAAUGGAGGCUAUGCGCUAUAAUGCGAACAAACUUCCUUUGGGAAAGUUGUCUAAGAGGACUCUCUCCCAAGGACCCAUGGCACUGAAAGAUCUUGAUGAAAUUUUAGCCAACAUAAACUUGGCGCAGUCAAAGUAUAAGCAAUCUUUGACGAAAGUGCUAGAACAGUUGACGUCGAAAUACUACACUGUUAUCCCGCAUGAUUUCGGAAGGCAGCUAGUUGAAGCUCUAAGUAACAUGGAGAUCACAAAUGAGAUUAUGAAAGCUGCUGAAUAUCCGGUUGAUGCCGAUGGGAACCCUAUAAAUCCCUUGGACAAGCAAUUCAGGUCUUUGGGUCUGGAGGAGAUAACUCUGGUUGAAAAAUCGACAACCGAACACGCGGAACUCGAAGCAUACUUUCACAAAUCCCAACGCCUUUCUCGUGCAAAUGUCGUCGACAUCUUUCGGAUUACCCGUCCAGGUGAAGCUGAACGCUUUGAAAAAGCGGAGGCACCAGCAAAUGGCUAUGUAUUCGGCAAGGGUAUUUACCUGGCUGAUGUUUCGUCCAAGUCUUGUGAAUACGUGUAUCCUUCAAUAUCCGGCGGGGCUGCCCUACUUCUUCUCUGUGAAGCGCAGCUUGGUGAUCCGCCAUUUGGGUGUCAUGAUCAUUGUUCUGAUGCUGCGAAAAAAUCCAAGGCGGGCGGAUCACUCUCGACGUGGGCAAUGGGUGUUAAUCAGCCAAAAGGGUGGAAGGACGCUGGCGCUAUCUCCGAGGAAUUUAAAGGUGUUAAAAUGAUGGAUGUCGAUCAAGGUUUGUAUCAACCGGUAUUACCAGCAGGGGCUUGGAUUCCCGAUAAUGAAAUAGUAUAUUGUAUAUUCGGUUUCUCAAGUCAAACUUCGGUAUUUAUUCAAAGUUCAAUUCUUUCAUUAUUGAAAUUCAUGAUAGGCAUUGAUGCCUAG